GGACCAACACGUACCCCGCGCGGCCUCCCGGUGGCACUACAGAUGUGGCACUUAUUCACUGCCACUUGAACGUGAAGAACCGACAUAUCUUCUAAUCAACAGCGAAAUGUGAUAAGGAAUGUCGAGUUCUAUCUGGCUUCGUAGUUAUUCGCAAGAGAGGAGGAGAAAUCAAGGAAAAUAAACACGGGUUUAUAAAUAGGUUUUAGUGGGCCUUUGCUGCUGUUUACCGUUCAUAAUGGUGCGAAGAACAUUAAUGUUUAUUUGUGUUCUGCUCAGUAGCGUGAUGGUCAGGCCACAGUCACGGGAUGACGGGGACUUCCUAGUCAGUGUCACUCAAGGGAACCUGGCCUGCUACUCGUGCACGCUGGACUUUCGUAAGAGCGAGUACGUGUGGGACCACCCAUGCCUCGGCCGACACAGGGACAGCGAAGUCAACAAGACCUAUUUGGUGGUUUGUGGGCCCAACGACCGGUACUGCAGAGCCGAGAGAACCGAAGUGAACGGCGUGUUGGUGAAGCUGACCAGGGAAUGCAGCGAGGUGUGCUACUACGGCUGUCGACCCAAAGGCUUCGGGAUCAACAGCGAGGCUUGUGCCCAGUGUUGUGACAGCAACGGAUGUAACAACAUGUACCCUGAGAGCUCGUCGUUGGUCCCUCGGGCGAACUCUCUCACGAUUUCUGUAAUGAGUGUCGUGGUUGUCCUCUCCCUCUGUUAUCAUUAGGGUCUGAGAUUGUGUUCUCUGUAUGGGGGGGGUGUUUGUUUACGUGAUUGUCGAGUAAGGUGUUUGUUUACUUACCUGUCUAAUCUACCGCAUGUACCACCUAUUAUUUUAUUUAUUUAUUAUUUUUUUAUUAUUCUGGGCAUUCUGCGACUGAUUCCAGAAAUGUUUUUAUCUGUGUAUUUAACGAACGGACGCACGACCUUCAUACUAAUGUUUUAAUAAUACUCUCUCUAUCUAUCUAGCUAUUUAUCAAUCUCUGUCACUCUCUCUCUCUCUCUCUCUCUCU